ACAGUUUUGUUGUCCGCCAUUGUUGUGUUGUGAGUGGCCAUAUUUGUUCGACCAUCUUUUAUAAACAAAAUAGCAGCCAUUGUGAUGGCGGACCAUCAAAAUAUCAUGUGCGAAGUCGAAAUUCAACCGGACAUCCAAGAAUGCGUUGAAAUUGAGACUAUUCCCGUAGAUAUGAGCGAUGGUUGUGAAACAAUCGUAGAAUGCGGAGAACAUAUGAUGUCAAUGCAAUCUUUAGAAGGUAGAGAUCUGGGCAGAGACAUUAUUUUAGAAGCACAAGAAGAAAUUAUAGAUGAUUCCGGCGACCCCUUAAAUAUUUACGACGUACCAGUUCCCGAUUCUUCCGAUUUAUACGUUGAAUCUUCGCCGGGACCUUCUAAACGAAAAAAGACUGUAAAAAAUCGUGGUGUUCUUUCUCGACGUGAAAAUGAAAUUUUGCUCAGUGAUAUGCACGUUGAAACAAAACCCCGGAAAUGGGAACAAAAACAAGUUCAAAUAAAAACAAUGGAAGGUGAAUUUUCUGUAACUAUGUGGGCAUCAGGUGCUAGUGACGAUGAAGGCUCAAAUCCUGAACCAGAUCCAGAUUAUACUGAAUAUAUGACCGGCAAAAAAAUCCCCGUUGAUGGAAUUCCUGGAUUAGACCUAUCGGACCCAAAACAAUUAGCCGAGUUUGCGCGACCUGGUUUGAAGAGUCCAAGAGUUCGAAGGCCGAAUCAAGAUAAUUCAGAUAGAACAAUAGCAUGUCCUCACAAAGGCUGUAAUAAAAUGUUUAGAGAUAAUUCGGCAAUGAGAAAACACUUACAUACACAUGGACCUCGUGUACAUGUAUGUGCAGAGUGUGGAAAAGCUUUUGUAGAAUCGAGUAAACUCAAGAGACACCAAUUGGUUCAUACAGGUGAAAAACCUUUUCAAUGUACAUUCGAGGGGUGUGGCAAGAGAUUCAGUUUAGAUUUUAAUUUAAGGACACAUGUGAGGAUACACACCGGUGACCGACCGUACGUUUGUCCUUUUGAUGGUUGUAAUAAGAAAUUUGCACAAUCGACAAAUCUCAAAAGUCACAUUUUAACGCACGCCAAAGCUAAAUCUAGAAAUAACAUGCAACGUACUUCAAAUAGUAUACAAAUGAUACAACAACCUUACGUACAGGUGGAAGUCGCCGAUCCAGAUUAUAUUGUAUAUGCAGACUAAAACGAUAUAGGGUUUAUCAACUAGUAAUUUAAGAGCUACAAACCCCCCAGUCAAGUGAAUGUACCUCCGUUAGGUUAAUAUUUUUCUAACAAUAGUGUGUUAUGUUUUACGAGUUGGCGGGACUGUUUUAAUUUUUAAAGCCAACUGAAAGAAAUUCUCCAAAGCAAGCGUGAAGAAUAUAUAGUGAAGUUAUAUUUUCACGUGAUUAUUGGUUAUUACGACCAAUUAUUGUAAAUUUACUAUUUUAUAGUUGAAACCGCACUAAUUUUUUACAGUCAUUAUAAAUACGUAAAACAUGAUAAAGUAAAUUGAUUAAAUUCAAUAUUGAAUCUCCACAUACAGUAUAUUUUGCAGCUCACCUGUACAUUAUUUUACUAUUCAUCAUUAUCUUCUAGUUUUUCAUAAGUUGAGUGAUAUUAAAUUUCAUUUUCAAUUUUCUCCACUUGUAUAAACAUAUUCCAUGAAAUAGUUUAUUGUGAGGUUCAAAAUUCAAUAAAUUUUUUUGUUUGUAUGAAAUAAUUUUUUUAAAUCAAUUUUCAUGCAAACAUUUUAGAAAAAUAUAUACCACAUUCUAACAAAAAAAAUAGAUUCUUAAUACCUUAUCUUAAUCUUAUGGUACAUUAUAUCAAUUAUCGAGUUCAGAAAGGGUAUUCCUGCUCGUGGAAAUUCACGAAACAUUUACUUUAUGCUCAUUUAAUUAACAAUUAAAACUAUUUGCCAUUUUUUUGGCUUAAAUGUUCUUCUGUGAGUACAUAACAUCCUUUUGGAAAAAGGGACAUACCCUCAAUAGGCACUGCUAGAGUAUAUAAUUGAGGACCUUCUUUAUAACCAGCAGAUUUUAUUUUAGAGCAAUUUUAGACCAUUUCUUUCUGUUGAAUCAUCAUUUUGUUAGGCAGUGUCUGUUAUUUAAACUGUGAUAAUGAAAGUAAUUUUUAAUCAACUAUCUGCUGAAUCCGCCAAUAGAGAGUGGAUUGAUGACAUUGGAGGUGUCUUUUAGUGAAUUGAAUAUUUUCUUAGGCGAAUGCUAUUCAAAGGUAGCAAGAGAAAUCUACGAAAAUAUAAUAUAAAUACAAUAAACUCCUAUUAAAAAAAAAUUCUUAGCUCGCCAAAUUUGGUUUUGGCGUCGAAAAUUGUUCACAUCUACAGCGGGCUAGAAACAACAGAAUUUUAUCAGAAUGUGAUCAAAACUUUCUUUAGGUGGGUUGUAAAAUAUACUGAAAAUAGCAAUUUGUAUGGGCGGCAUGUGCAAGUAAAAAAUAUGAUCCUCUUACAAAAAGUUGUUGAUUAUUAUAUUGUUUUAAAAUAUAUUUAUUAAAUUAUACUAACUGAAUAUCGGUGAUCUGUCAAUUGUAGUGCCAUAUUUAUAAUUAUGAAAUAAUUAAGAUAGCUUAAGAUCUUCUAAUAUCUAGAAAGCCUAUUAUGAACUAGAAUUGGAAGUACUUAACCCUACGUUCCCUUUGACACAUUCAGACCGAUAGGGUCAGUGAGGAACACAUUUAAAUUAGUCAUUGUUAUCACUUUUGUAUUUUAAGAGUUCUGAGAUCACAGAUUUUCUUGAAAUUUGGUACAGGUACAGAUAUGUCAACUAAUUUCUGAAAUACAGAGCUGUAAAGUUGUCAUAAAUGGACCUAAACAGGAAACAAAAUUAUUUGAAUUUUGAAUGUGGAAAUUUUCCUCCUAUCUGAGAUACAGUCUGGUAUUGAUGACAUUUAACUGCAUUUUCAAUGCAAUUUCCUAUGAUAUGCACUUAUCACAAAAAGUGCAUAUUUUAAUAUUAAUUCCAUGAAAAGCUACUAGUAUUAUCAAACACAAGGGAAAAUAUUAAUCUGGGAUGAUAAAGGCUAUUUACAUAUUCUUGUAGCCUUGUAGCCUCUGGUUUCUAUUUAACGCCAAUUGCUUCAUUUUGUUGCAAGGUGCGGUUGUAAUGUUUUGAAAAGACGAUUUAUUAUCCCCCUUUUUCUUAUAAAUAUGAAUACUCUUCAUAAAACCAGUAUUCGAUUGAUUUUAUUGAUUUAGAUGUUGAAAUCUGAAAUUUGUUGGGAUUAUUUAAUUUUUUCUAAUUUAUUAAAGGUACAUUGUUUACAGUAUAGGAUACCUUGUAUAAAGAAGUUGGGAUUGCUACAAAUUGACGUAAAAAUGUGUAAAAAAUAUGAUAAGGAUAUUUCAAUAAUUUGAAAAUUGAAAGAAAACUCGUGUUAGUAAAAAGGAAAA